CACUCUCAAAUCGACUCGCUCAAACCAAAUUAAAAAUGGUUUCAUUCCUCUGCUAGCCAACAAUGGCUUCUUCUUCUUCUUCUUCUUAUUCUUCUUCUCUGUUCUUCCUCUUCGUCUACCUCGUGCUCCCAACUGCAACAUCACUCUACUUCAGCUUCCCCUCCUUCAACUCAUCCACGCAGCAGUUCAUCGCGUUCCAAAACGACAGCUUCUUCAACCGCGUCAUCAGUCUCACCAAAAAUGAGUACAACAACAUUUCCUCAAGCGUAGGCAGAGCCUACUACAGGGAACAGUUUCCCCUACACGACGCCGCUACCGGCAAGGUCGCCGAUUUCACCACCCACUUCUCCUUCGUCAUCGACUCCUUCAACAAAUCCUACUCCGGCGACGGCCUCGCCUUCUUCCUCUCCCCAUUUCCCUCCGUCGUCCCCCCGAACUCCGGCGGUGGGCUACUCGGCCUCGUUGAAAACAGCAACAAACUCAACGAAUCGGCCAACCAAAUCGUCGCGGUCGAAUUCGACACUCACAAGAACGAAUGGGAUCCCAGCGCCGACCACGUCGGCGUCAACGUCAAUUCCAUCAAGUCAGCGGCGAGCGUCAUGUGGAACAGUAGCUUGAGAGAUGGCCGGACAGCGAACGCCUGGAUCAGCUACAACGCCACCACCAUGAAUCUCAGCGUCUUCUUGACUUACGACGAUAAUCCAAUCUUUGCAGGAAACUCAAGCCUUUACCACAUCGUUGACCUCAGCAAGAUACUGCCGGAGGAGGUCGCGAUCGGAUUCGCAGCCGCAACGGGGAGUCUGACGGAGACCAACAGCAUCCUUUCAUGGGAGUUUGGCUCCACUCCCCUGCGUACAGGAAAGAAGAAGAGAAUUGGUUCGAUGGCCGUAAUGACGAUUAUCAUAGUCUUGCUCUUGGCUGCUGCAAUCUUCAUUUGGUUCUUCCUAUGGAAAAAGAAAAAAGCUGACGACUUGAAGAGAAAACAAGACUAUGCUGAAGAUAUUGACGACGGUGAGUUUGAGAAUGGGAGAGGGCCAAAGAAAUUUCCCUUCGUAGAGCUCGCGGCGGCGACGAAGAACUUCGACGACGAGCUCAAGCUCGGACAAGGUGGGUUCGGCGGCGUAUAUAGGGGAUUCCUACCCGAGUUCAAGCUCGACGUUGCAAUCAAAAGGGUUUCAAAAGGUUCACAACAGGGGAAAAAGGAGUACAUUUCUGAGGUGAAGAUCAUCAGCCGCCUCCGCCACCGCAACCUGGUGCAGCUCGUCGGAUGGUGCCAUGACAGGAAGGAGCUCCUCCUCGUCUAUGAGUUCAUGCCCAACGGAAGCCUUGAUUCCUAUCUUUAUGGCCGAGAUAGCAAGAGAUAUUUGUCAUGGCCUUUGAGGUGCAAGAUUGCCGUGGGGCUUGCAUGCGCUCUGUUAUACCUGCACGAGGAAUGGGAGCAAUGUGUGGUUCACCGCGACGUGAAGCCGAGCAACGUGAUGCUCGACGGUGGCUUCAAUGCCAAACUGGGCGAUUUCGGUCUGGCGAGGCUCGUCGACCAUGAACGGGGAUCGCAAACGACGACACUCGCCGGAACAAUGGGCUACCUGGCGCCGGAGAUUGUUACAACCGGGAAGGCCAGCAAGGAGUCCGACGUCUACAGCUUCGGAGCCGUGGCUCUCGAGCUCGCUUGCGGCCGACGACCCGUCGAGCCCAAGCAAACGGAAGAACAGAUUGGGCUAGUGUCGUGGGUGUGGGGACUGUAUGGGAGAGGGGCGCUGCUUGAGGCCGCCGACGAGCGACUGAACUCAGAGUUCGACGAUGGGGAGAUGACCAGGCUUAUGAUCGUUGGGCUGUGGUGCUCGCACCCGGACAGCUCGUUGCGGCCAUCGAUAAGGCAGGCCAUGGCUGCGCUAAAGAACGAAGCUCCGCUGCCGAAACUGCCGUCGACGUUGCCAGUGCCGAUGUACUAUGCGCCGCCGCUGGAGAGUUGCAGGUUCACUUACACUUCCUCGGCCGGAGCUUCGAUGGGGAUGAUUGAUGUCUAUGUUUAGUGAUUACACCACUGGCUCGGAUGCCGCAUCGUCGGUUGCAACCGAUUCGUCGCCGACGUGAGCGUGUUGAAAUGGGAAAAAUUCGAUCUUUAAUUGAGAUUUCAUGUAAAUGUAGGCAUUUGGUUCUUAUACUGAUUUGUUUUGUUAUUUUGAAAUCGAUUCAUGAAAAUUCAGCUGCUGCUCUGCAGGGAAUCACGGCAAACACCUUG